AUGGCGGCCCGCUCUCUCUUGCUUUUCCCUGCGCUUGCGCUGGCAUCGAUUACAAUUGAGGAUCCUUCUGAUGUGAUCAAUCCUGCAUCGUGGGCGGCGGAUAAUGCUAUCGUGCCUGACUAUGAUAUUGCAAUGGUUAGCUCGCAGCCGUCUGACAUUUUGGCAACUCAUAAGGUCAAUGGGAAGACUUCAAGCGCAAACCAUGUUACUUGGUCUGCUACCGCCAAUGAUACGAGUGUUCUCGUCGUUGCAAAUGAUGCCAGCUUCACCGGCACAUACAUGAACUUCGAAAAGAGUGGAUAUUCGACUAAUCUGAAUGAUGCGAGUUUCUGGGGCUUCAAUGCUGCAAUCAAUGUGGCCAACGCUUCCACCGCCGUUUUCGACAAGAUCAACGUGACUGUUCACAAUGGUGCAGCUCAGGUCUACUCAUACGGAACCGACACCGUUGUGCACGUCAACAAUGCCUGGCUUUACUCCUCCGGCCCAGUCAGCCACGGGCUGUACGCCUCAGGCAACGGAACCAUCAUCGGCCGCAACAUUGAAGUCUACUCUGGGGGCAAGCGCUCCUCCAGUUUCUCGGGUGAUUCGCCAGGCGGGUAUAUCUACGUGUACGACAGCGUAGCACACGCGGCCGGUAUCGGCUCCGCCACCUUCUACGCACUCGGCGAGAUCCAUGCCAAGAAUGUGGUCAGUCUUUCAGAAAACGGACCUGUCGUUUUCUCUGAUGGUGUGCAGACUGCUGAUCUGAUUGACUGUGAUUGUACCGCCGGUCUGCUGGGUGGUGUUGCUAUGUUCAGUAGCUCCACCCUCCAGAGUGGAGCAGUGUUGAACUUGACUAAUACCAAGUUCACCACACUUGGUUCUGAGAUGCCGGGACUAUGGUUCGGAAAUAUCAUUGCUGACGCUUACUUGACCAACUCGCAACUUGUUACUAAGUCUGGCAUUCUCGUUGUUGCGAACUACUCGCAGAUCACCCAAGACUUCGAUUACUAUGCAGGAUACGCCGAUAACAAUGCUCUGUCCCCUGCUGGGGUGACUGUAUCUGUUACCGAGUCUGAUAUGACUGGUGAUCUUGUUGCGUAUAAUGGAAGCUCUAUCGAUUGGUCUUUGGCUAAGUAUAGCUCCUGGACUGGCACCGCUUACUCUGGAUAUGGAGACGUUUCCUUUGGUGUUAGCCUUGAUGCUACAAGUAACUGGACUAUGACUGCCAAUACUGUUGUUCAGAAUUUCACUGACUCUCUGACGAGCUUGAAGAACAUUCAUAGUCAGGGACACACUCUGUACUAUAAUGCUACUGUGAACGCUUGGUUAAAGGGGAAGACUGUUAGCUUGCCUGGCGGCGGCUCGGCAAAGCCUAUCUCUUCCGCCUCUGGGAAGUCUCAGAUUCGCGGACGUAGUCGGCGGAGCCAGAACUAA